AAAGCGCCUAUUUACCAUUUGCUCCUUGAGCCAGUUACACGAUUUAAUCGAAGCACCCACGGGCACGGCACCAGAGAGGCCACCAUUUCGACGCUCGUCGAGGCCGUCGUCCGCUUCCUGAGCGGAAGCAUGGAGGUCGACAGCCGGCACGAGAGCAAGGGCGAACAUAAGGAGGAGAAAUUCGUCAACGAGGGGUUGAUCAAAUGGAAGGAGGGCCGCAAGAAGUGGCUCGCCGCGGCAACGAGCGGGCCUAAGAGGCCGCGGCGGCGGCCGCCGCGCGUCGACGACGAGGUCAUCCUCGAGACCAUCUUCGCGAAGCCGACGGGCUGGCUGUUGCCGCACCCCGUGCCCCUGGCGCACAUGGUCGAGCUGCUCGAGGACGAGUGGUCCGACUAG